CAAGGAGGUAUGUUAUACGGUAUGCGCGUAUUUAGAUCUAUAUUUUAAAAUUAUUGUGCUUUACAGGUCUGGGACCACUUCAAUUUCAAGACGUUUGGCGAGUAUAGUGAUUUAUACCUAAAAAUCGAUGUGUUGCUGUUGGCUGACGUCUUUGAAAACUUUCACGAUGUGUGUAUGAAAACAUACAACUUAGAUCCUGCAUACUACUUCACCGCCCCCGGCUUAAGUUUCCACGCAAUGUUGAAGUAUACGGGUAAGAAGUUGGAACUUCUGACAGAUUACGAUAUACUCUUGAUGUUUGAGAAUGGUUAGUAUAAUAUUAUAUUUAAAAAUAUACACUUAAACAUUUUUUUUUUUUAUUUUGGGUAUUCGUGGUGGAUUGGUGCAGGCCAGCAUGCGGUAUGCCAAGGCCAACAAUCCUAAGACACCUGGUUAUGAUGAGAUGAAGGAGAAAUCGUGGUUGAUAUACCAGGACUGUAACAACUUAUACGGUUGGGCAAUGUCCGAGUACAUGCCUACGGUGAGUUCAACUGGGUUGAACCCAACUUGGAUGGCUUGGACUGUUUAACAGCAACAUCGGAGAAAAGACGGGUAUAUGAAGUAGAUGUUUCUUAUCUGUAAGAGUUGCACGAUAACCAUAAUGACCUGCCUCUCCUGCCACAAAAUAGUAUACCACGUGGAUCAAAGGUACGAAAACUGAUGGCUACAUUUGAAAAGAAGACAAACUACGUUAUACACUAUACAAACCUGCAGCAGGCGAUUAAAAAUGGUUUAAUAGUUGAAAAUUUAAAUAUCUGCAUUUUAUAAGAUUUCAAACAGAUUUUUAACAUUUUUCUUAUUUUAUAGGUACAUAGAGUUAUACAAUUCAAACAGUCUGCGUGGUUGGCAGAUUACAUUAAACUGAACACUGAGAUGAGGAAGAAGGUUGGGAACGAUUUUGAGAGGGAUUUCUUUAAGCUUAUGACGCUGUAUUUGGUAGGUUCCUAAUAAACUUUUUAAACAUUUUAAAAUUUUAGUUUUGUACAGGAAAACUAUGGAAUCAAAACGCAAGCAAAUGAAGAUGGAGCUAGUGUCAUGUGAGAGGAGGUUGCAGAAGUUGAUCAAUAAGACUACAUUUAAGCACUGUACUAGGUAUAAUGAUAACCUCAACGCUGUGGAGCUUGAGAACAAAAUUAGUAAAUUUGAUAAACCAAUCUAUAUCGGAUUUGCAGUGCUUGAUAUUAGUAAAACACUGAUGUAUGACUAUCAUUUAAACAUUAUGAAAAAACACUAUGGAGAUAAUAUUAAGCUAAUGUACACCGAUACACGUUCUCUAGUGUAUCAUAUCAACACGAAAGAUUUUUAUGAGGACUUAACCAUCAACCUGAAUUUGUUAGAUCAAAUGGAUACAUCUGACCUGCCGAAAGAUCACCCUUGCCAUAUAGCCGAGCGUAAAAAGAUCCCAGGUCUAUUUUCUGACGAGACCAAGGGUGCUAUAAUGACUGAAUUCUGUGCGUUGAGAGCUAAAUCAUACUCGUUUAUUUUGGCUGGAAAGGAGAAAAUCAAAGCCAAGGGGAUAAGACAGCAUGUACUGAGAACUACCAAACACGUUCAUGUCUGUAGCUAG